AUGGACGGCGAGGUUCCUCUCCCUCCACCGCGGCGGAUACGUCACCGCUCGCCCGCGCCUGCACGCUCUGCGACAAAUGCAGCCUCCUCUCUGGACCGUACAAGGAGAUUGUCGCGUUUCGAUGAUUGCUCAAGCCAGCCGUCCAGUGACCCUGCCCUCUUUUCUAGUGACGAUAUUCCAGCUUCUGGACUAGAAAAUUACCAUGCAACCACGCCAGGCUCGGGCAGGAAGCGGCGGUAUCGUGGCACCUGGUGGGGAGAGCAGGUGCUGGAUCCCAAGCGCAAAAGGGGAGAAUUCAAGGAGAAAAGGAAUGUCGAUAGUGGAGUAUGGAUGGGGAGCGAUGAGUCGUCCGUGGAAUCGAUGAUGUCGUCGGACCCGGCAUGGGGAGAAGACCUGCGCAAGUCGGUGCUGGACCCAAAGAACGCUUCAACUCCAAGUACCCCAAUCGCUCCAAGAGCUUCUGCAACAGAUACUGAACAAACCCCUACGCAAGUACGUGUGCUCUUCAGAGGCAUGGCGGAAUCACAGCAGCACCAGGCGGCACGCAAGGUCGUCAAUGAAUGCCUGGAGAAGGGCCAUGAAACCAUUGAUCUGGGUAACUUCCAGAUGGAAACCAUUCCUCCUGGCCUAUUGAAACCUCUCCAGCAUCUCACGAAGCUUCCCUCAGUCUCAGAGACACCGGUUUCUGAGGAUGUUUUCACGUCCCUGACGCCGUUCCUCCGUCUCUAUCUCCCUAAUAACUCCCUCGAAACCCUCCCCAAGGAUCUCUUCGAGCUUGAAAAGCUCAUGGUUCUAAGCCUGCGAAACAACAGGCUAACAGAAAUCCCAUCCUCCAUUGGCCGACUGAACAAUCUGCGAUCUCUGAAUCUCGCCGUCAACCAACUGGAAUUUCUUCCCUGGGAACUGCUCACGCUUAUGCGAGACGGCCAUCUGGUGCACCUCACGGUGCAUCCAAACAAAUUCCCAAAAAUGGACUCAAAAAAAGUGCAGUGGCUCAAGAGAUUCCGUGAUGAAUCUGCUUCCCCUUCCCCUUUAAUACCGCCAGAAGUCGUUGGGGCUUAUCCACUCCAUAUGGCCAACGGCCCCGUGACAUACUUCAACCCUAAUGGCUUGGUCAUUAAUCCGAACUCAUCCCUUUACAAUGAGAUGCAAGCCAAGGCACCCUCCAAAAACGUUCCUUCGCUGCGAGAACUUGCUCUUCGUCAAGCCACCAAGCUCGAAUAUUUUGAUCAAGCCACCGACGAGGACUUCUCUGAGUUCCCAUGGACACUCCUUCCCGCCAUUAAAAAAGCGAGAGAAGUCUGCAUUGCAGGCGGGCAGUCUUGCUCUGUAUGCGGGCGCGAGUAUGUGAUGCCCUGCACUGAAUGGACAGAAUGGUGGGAUGUCUCCCAUUUCGAGAUGGGGCAAGAUUGGAAUUGGACAAAUGAGAGUAGCGAGAUUCGUUCGCGUGCUUACAUGCUCCGGCCUCUUCCUUUCCGACGACAGGGCUGUAGCCUGUCGUGUGUUCCGCGAUUUGUCAUCCCCACCACAAACAAUACUCACCACAUAACCACAAUGGCAUCCCAAACAACCUUCACCAAGCCCAACAGACCCCUCACCUGGCUGAUAACCGGUUGCUCCUCUGGUCUAGGCCUGUCAAUAGCCCGCAUCGCCCAAUCCAAGCAACACACCGUAAUCGCCACAUCCCGCCAACCAACCCGCACCCCAGAGCUAGUAACGGAGAUAACCCAAAACGGCGGCGAAUGGCAUACCCUAGACGUGAACGAUCCAACCGCUGCCUCGGAGCUACUAUCCAUACUCGAGCAUGCAGGCCACGAGAUCGAUAUCCUAGUGAAUAAUGCCGGAUACGCCAUUCUGGGCGCCGUUGAACAAUUCUCAGACUCGGAGCUACGUGCACAGAUGGAAACAGUGUAUUUCGGGCCGAGUCGAUUAAUACACGAGUUUGUGCCGGGUAUGAGGGAGCGGAGGUUUGGUGUUGUGGUGAAUAUCAGUUCUGGGGCUAGUUUGGAGGGGAGGGAGAGUAUGGGUGCUUAUGCUGCGGCCAAGGCUGCUAUGGAUGGGCUGUCGAAAGUUCUUGCGAAAGAAGUGGCUCCGUUCAAUGUUCGGCUUCUGACUGUGUGGUUGGGGGUGUUUGAUACGGCAUUUGGGACUGCUUGUCUUACAGCUGAGAAGCCCUUGCCUGGGGAUUAUGAGGGAUCGGUUGUGGCUCAGAUGCUGGAGGCUAUUACGGAGGGUAAGCUUGUUGCUGAUGGUGAUAAGGAGAAGGCUGCAAAGGUGAUAUAUGAAGUUGUUCAAGGUGAGGGUGUGGGGAAUGGACAUGGAAGUGAGCGAUUCUUGCCUUUGGGCCGAGAUAUGAUUCCUCGUGUGAAGCUGGUUCGUGAUCAACUCGAUCAUUCGCUUGAUGUUUUUGGAGACGUUGCUGGUAAUGUCUAUUUGACACGUUGA